CUCAAAACAGAAAACUGAAACUGUUUUCUCCAUUUCUCUCUGAAAUUCUUUAGAAGAAAGAUGAACACAAAAGGCAGUGUUACAGUCUUAUUCCUCUGUUUCCUGACUCUGUUUCCUGACUUAACAGACGGUAGCACAUGUCAGAAAAAUAUAUUAGAAGGGGACAGUCUCACCUUUAAACUGACUGACAGGCUGCUUAAGGAUGAUGAUCGAUUCACUAUAAAAAAAGACAAUAAAGUGGUAGUCCCCAAAAGGAAUAGGAAACAAGAGGGACCAGGGAUCGUGAAAAAUGAUUCCCUGGAAUUCCAACAUGUGAAACUGAAUUAUUCUGGGACAUACAGUGUUGAGGUAUUUGAUGUGAAUGGCAUCAGCGUAAAAUCAUACUCAGAAAUCGUCUGUGUUUAUGCAAAAGUCCCAAAGCCAAGAGUGAAUAUUACAUGUCAGAAUGAGACAAUUGACUUGAGAUGUGAUGUUGAAGGUGACGAAGAUCAAAGAUCAGCUAUAUCUUACAGCUGGCACAAAAAUGGGAAAGAAUUCAAGAAGAAUGUAUUUAACUUCUCAAUAAAUGUUGAGGAGGAUAUAUCAAAUUAUACAUGUACUGCCCAGAAUCCAGUUCAUAAAAAUACAAGUGAUUCAGUAGAAGCAGCAUGUUCCAAGCGUACAGUCUUUGACCUUGUCGAGUGGCCCAUGGUCCGCAUCAUAGCAGGUGCAGGAGGUCUCGCAUUGUUAUUUGUGCUGAUAAUUGUAGUGGUGACUGUUGCCUGUUGUGCCUGUAGACUCAAAGAGGAACAACAGCAAGGUAAGUUAAGUCUUAGAUUUUGUGAAAUGAUAAUUAUUUCCUUUAAUGAUUUUUAAAUUGGAAAAUAUUUAAAUUAAUAAUGAUUGUACACCUUAUGAAAACAUAAUUUCCAGCUAUUCUCUUUGAGUCAUGCAUUCUAAAGCAAGCUUUAAAACAUCAAAUCAGAUUUCUCUUUGCAAUUAGUUUUCACAUACAAUACUAUGGUAGCUUGACUCUUGUAAAGCUCCAAACAGCUGUUUUGAUGGUAAAAUUGUUAUCUGUGUCUCAUCCCAACAUCCUGUUUCAAAGGUGCAUUAGACAAGCUUCACCACAAUUUGUCAAAAUUAGGUCACUAGUGGUUACAUAGGUGAAAUUCAACAACCCUCUUUAAGCCAUACACCAUUCACAUCAAUGUACCCAAAGUUACUAGGGUGGCCAGUGGACAUCAGAUAGAGUUAGAAUUAGCAAGGAUUGUCAUGACAUCUCUUUCAAUGAUAGUGUUGGCUUUUGAUUUAAUAAGAGCAUUGACCUACUUUGUUAUUUAGAUAUAUACUUACUGUCCAAUUUAGUAGGAACACAUACACUUGCUCAUUCAUGCAAUUAUCUACUUAGACAAUCAUGUGCCUAAUAAUGCAGAUACAGGCCAUGAGAUUGAGAUAAUGUUCACAUCAGAAUGGAGAAAAAAUCUGAUCUCAGACUUUGACUGUACAAUGACUGGUUGGUGUAUAUGGGUUGGCUUGAGUUUGAAUAUAAUGCAUAUAGAGUUUACAGUCAGUGUUAAACAUGUCUAACUGUGACCACAACUUAUUAUACCUAAUUAUGUUAUAUAUUAAUUAGUUAUUGAUUAGUUAUAUAAUAAUUGUUAUUAUUUUUUUUUAUUUUUUUUUGUAAAAUGUUGAAACAAUGUUUAUGAAAUAUAAUUAGGAAUCAUUAUACAACUUAAACAGGUAACACACCUAACUAGUCUUUUUAUGUCAUGUAUUGUUUCUUGUCUGCUUGUAUUUUCUCAUUUGUAAGUCGCUUUGGAUAAAAGCGUCUGCUAAAUGAAUAAAUGUAAAUGAAAUGUAUGUUUCUUCCGAGACAUGUGAAUCCAGCCUAAUACUGUUCAUGCUUCAUCACAGAGCAGUGUAACACAUUUAGAGAAAAAUGCUAUCUGACUUCUGCAUGCUUGAACUCCCAAAUGCCCAUGAUUGUAUAGUGUGAGAUUAACAGUGGAGAAAAAGUGACACCACUCCCACCCAUAGCUGGGUGGGUGGACUUCCCACUGAAGUCCGAUGUUGGUACCACUAGGACUUAAUAUCCGGAUGAUAAGACAAACACUUUUCUGUUGUACAGCCCAUGAACGCAUGAGCUCAUGUACUAUUGUAGAAGUGGAUUAAUGCUGAAAAUUUGUCAAAAUUAAGUCUCUAGCGUUUAAGAGGAUGGAGGAAGAAUAUUUUCACUCCUUGAGCCUCACCCCCAUUUCUUUUCUUGUCAUAGAGGCAGAUGCUUUUGCCCACUCAAAAAUGUAACUGCUUGAAAGCAAAAUUAUAACACCAUAAGCAUAAGAAGUUUGGCUCAUGCUGAUUUAGGAGAAUGGUCAAGAGUGUCUUUGCUGUCCUGUUUUUCUUUGUAAUGAGCUCUCAUGAGAUUUUUAGGUGCCUGUCACGAUCACUGUUAGCUAGUUAGCAUCAUUAUCUAAUUCCUGUGCAGCUAACAUUUUGUUGUUUUUUUUUUUGAACAAUGGGAAUUUCAUGAAUACCAAAUUUCUUCUGAUAAAUAACCGAACAAAUGAUUUGAUUUAAUUCAAGUUUAUUGUGUCAUUUAUUAAAAUAAAUAGUCAGACGUAAAUAUAGAGGUAAUUUAAGCAGAUGAAUUAAGCAGACUGUCUUAUUUAAUAGAAUAAAUGCACUUUUCUAUUAAUAAAUGCUGUCCUUUUCCCAGUUACAGAUGAAGAGGAUUUAAGAAUGAACAAUCUACACAGCGUCACUCAAUAACUUCCAACCCACACCUCUUGAUCACUCGUGUUCAGUAACAGCUUUAUCCUUGUCAGUGUCACAGUGGAUCCAUACACUGUCCUGGGAAAACUGGGCAUGAUGUAGGAACAUGUUUAAAAUAACAUCAAUAUCCAGCAGAUGCCUACCAUUAAUCAUUUUUUUAAAAAGCAGAUAAUAUAAGAAAUUUAACAGUAUUUUUUUUUUUUUUUUACUUUAUAUUUAUAAUCCUGUAUAUUUUGUUCAUUUCUUUAUUACUUUGUAGGGUAGAGCCAGCACAAUUCUAAUUUUCUCUAAAUACACAUGUAAUGUCAUUAUAUCCGUGUAGGUCUGUGGUUUUCCAGUCGCAGGUGAAAUGUAUAAGGUCACGGUUGCAUUUUUUGGGCUACUUUCAGAAUUGAUCACAGCUGUUGUUAAAAAAAAAAACAUUAAACAGCUGAAAAGCAAAAAUAAUUGUCAUGUGUUGAAGUCAGAAGUUUACAUACACUUAGGUUGUAGUCAUUAAAACUCUUUUUCUUUAUAACCAAUCCACAGAUUUCAUACUAGCAAAUUAAAGUUUUGGCAUUUAGGACAUGACAUGUGUGUGCAUGACAUAAGGAAUUUUUACAACAAUUGUUUACAGAUUGUUUCACUUUUACUUUGACUAUAUCACAAUUCCAGGGGGUCAGAAUGGGUUUACAUACACUAAGUUAACUGUUCCUUUUAACAGCCUGGAAAAUUCCCCAAAAUGAUGCCAAACCUUUAGGCAAAUAGCCAAUUAGCUUCUGAUAGAUUGUAUUUUAAGGGCUACCUUCAAACUCAGUGCCUCUUUGCUUGAAAUCAUGGGAAAGUCAAAAGAAAUCAGCCCAGACCUCAUAAAAAAAAAUCUGGUUUAUCCUUGGGAGCAAUUUCCAAAUGCCUAAAGAUACCAAAUUCAUGUGUAUGCAAGUAUAAAUAUCAUGGGACCAUGCAGCCAUCAUACUGCUCUGGAAGGAGAUGCAUUCUGUCUCCUAGUGAUGAACAUAUUUUGGUGAGAAAAGUACAAAUCAAUCCCAGAACAACAUCAAAGGACCUUCUGAAGAUGCUGGAUGAAACAGUUAGACAAGUAUCUAUGUCCACAGUAAAACAAAUUCCUAUCGAGUUUGCAUGUGCACAUGGGGGCAAAGAUUUUACUUUUUGGAGAAAUAUCCUCUGGUCUAAUCACACAAAUGUGUAACUGUUUGGCCUUAAUGACCAUCGGUAUGUUUCUAGGAAAAAGGUGAGGCCUGCAAACUGAAGAACACCGUGAAGCAACAUGUUGUGGGGGUGCAUUGCUUCAGGAGGGACUGGUGCACUUCAAAAAACAGAUGGAAUCAUGAGGAGCAACAUCUCAAGGCAUCAGCCAGGAAGUUAAAGCUUGGUCACAAAUGGGUCUUCCAAACAGACAAUCACCCCAAGCAUACCUCCAUAGUUGUGGCAAAAUGGCUUAAGGACAACAGGGUCAAGGUAUUGGAGUGGCCAACACAAAGCCUUGACCUCAAUCUGACAGAAAAUUUGUGGGCAGAGCUGAAAAAUCGUGUGAGCAAGGAGGCUUACAAACCUGACUCAGUUCUGCCUGCAGGAAUGGGACAAAAUUCCAGCAAAUUAUUGAGUGAACCUUGUGUCGAAAUAUUUUACCCAAGUGAACCAAUUUAAAGACAGUAAAUCCACUGGGAAUGUUAUGAAAGAAAUAAAAUCUGAAACAAAUCAUUUCAUCAAACUAUUCUUCUGACAUUUUACAUUCUUAAAAUAAAUUAGUGAUCCUAAUUGACCUAAGACAGCGGAAGUUUUCUAUGAUUAAAUGUCAGGAAUUGUGCAAAAACUGAGUUUAACUGUAUUUGGCUAAGAUGUAUGUAAACUUCUGACUUCAACUAUGUGUUAUAUUGAUGUGGGUAUUAUCUGGCAACUUAAAGACACACAUUUAGUAUAAGCUACAGCUCUCUGAGAGAUGGACAGGAAUGAAAGUACGUUUGGUUAAUAGUUGACAGUGGUUGAUGAAUCUUGACUCAAAAUUCUACUGUAAAUUGGAAGGUUGGUGAAUGUGUGCAGCUUGGUUUAUCUUGUGUUAUAAUCUUAAAAAGUUCUUGUAUGUUUCUUUACAGUUUUAAGCACUGUGUGAAAGGUGUUUUAUACCCAACCCCCAACCCUGUCAACAUGAGGUGAACGUGCUAACCACUAAGCCACCGUGCACCUUGUUACAAUCUUAUGUUAUUGUGAGAUUUAUUUCUCUGUUUUAUAUUAAUUAUUUCUCUGAUUUAUAUUAUAUUUAUUUUAUUUUAAAUGUUUAUGUGCGAUUAGGCUAAUUUAUGUUAUGAGUCAUUUAUAUUUCAAUAGAAUUGUGUUGAGUAUGAGAAGUAGUGCUGUGGCGCUUGUGUGAGUGAUGCCCUGAGUUCAUGUUGGGGUCGGGGGACAUGCGCAAGAGGAGAGUGCCAAAAAGUUCAUGUCAGUGACUCAAUGAGGAAAUGUAGCUCUGACAAUAAAGUUAGUAAAAGCUUUAUUUCUAAGUGUGUAUGCCUGCAUUAUUCAAACCCGUUUAGAGAUUGGACCUUCGCAAGUUCUCCUUAACCGCUCUUACAUUAUUUUAUGUUCCUUUACAGUUUUAAAGUUUUAAGCACUGUGUGAAAUAUGCUAUAUAUAAAUAAAGUUUAAAUAAAGUUCGGUUUAUUCAACCUAGUCUGAAAUACUCAGCAAGUUCAACCUGACAUGUGUUUAGACAGGUACAGACAGUUUGUUUUUGCCUUCAGCAAAGAUCCUUUUCCAACCACAGGAUCACUUUUAGCUGGGUAUUUUUUUCCUUUAAGCACAGACCACUUAACCAUCAUUGAUGUGUAAAAGUUCAAGCAGCACAGCAUACACUCAUCUCAGUAUAGUAUUUACAGUCAUGUGAAAAAUAAGUACACCCCAUGGAAAUGGUUGGCUUUUUUUUUUUUUUUUUUUUUUUUUUUACAUAUUUGGACAAGCAAACCUUUGAUCCUCUUUGAAACAGUGCCUAUUAAUAAAGUUGAUACACUAUCA